AUGGGCAUGUUCGACGCUGAAAAGCCAAUCUCCAAGCUGGACCGUCACCGCGUCCUUGCGCCCAAGGCCGGUGUGCGCGUCUCCCCUCUCUGCUUCGGCGCCAUGUCGAUCGGCGACAAGUGGAAGUCGAUGCUCUCCGGCGGCCUCGACAAGGAAGGCACUUUCGAGCUCCUGGACGCCUUCUACAAGCUCGGCGGCAACUUCAUCGAUACUGCCAAUGUGUACACGGAUGGCCAGUCCGAGGAGUUUCUCGGCGAGUGGAUGGAGGUUCGCGGCAUCCGCGACGAGAUCGUUCUCGCCACCAAGGCCACCUCCCCGUACAAAGCCCGAGAGUUGGGUACGCACAUCGGCACCAACUUCGUAGGCAACUCCAAGAAGUCCAUCUUUGUCUCGACGCGCGAUUCGCUCAAGAAGCUGCGCACCGACUACAUCGACAUCAUGUACAUUCACUGGUGGGAUUGGUCCACAUCGAUCGAAGAGAUGAUGCAGGCGCUCAACCAGCUGGUGGUCUCGGGUCAGGUGCUGUACCUGGGAGCAUCCGAUAUGCCCGCCUGGGUGGUCUCUGCGGCCAACACGUAUGCUCGCGCGCAUAACCUCGCCCAGUUCGUCGUGUACCAGGGCAAGUGGAACGCGAUGGAGCGCGACUUUGAGCGCGAGAUCAUUCCGAUGGCGAGAGAGUUCGGCAUGGCGUUGGCUCCAUGGGGAGCCCUUGGACAGGGUCGCUUCAAGACGCCGGAACAAGUUGCUGAACGAGAGAAGACUCAGGGUCCCCUCCGAGGCGGCGGUGGCGCUCUCACGGAGAACGAGAAGAAGAUUUCGGCAGUGCUCCACGAGGUCGGUCAGGAACUGGGUGGUUUGAGCAUCACCAAUGCUGCUCUGGCAUACGUGUUCUCCAAGUAUCCAUACGUUUUCCCGAUCACCGGAGGAACCCGGAUCUCGCACCUCGAGGACAACGUCAAGGCCAUCGGCACGGUGUUGAGCGACGAGCAGAUCAAGAAGAUUGAGGAUGCCGUACCGUUCGACCUCGGUUUCCCGCUCAACAUGAUCCGAGAGGACCCGCACCUUACCGGCGAGACUCAGAUGGGCCUUCAUGCACACGGCGGUCACCUCGACUGGGUCAAGCAUCCCAAGGCGCCUUCGUUCAAGUAG